GCGAGAUUUCGUCGCGUGUCUUUGGGGCAGCUGAUGCGUUCAAGAUGGUGGCCAGCAUGGUAGAGCAUGUUGUAGCUGAUGCGGGGGCUUUUUUGAAAAACGCCGCUUUACAUGAAAUUGGUAAGAACAUCUACACAUUGAAGGAUGUGGUGAAUGAAAUUCGGGACAAACAAACCAAAAAGAACUUGGCAUUCCUUCCCUACAAGCUCAACUUCAAAGAACCUUUCCCAGAACACCUCCGAUUCGUGACCGAGUUUGCCAAGAAGACCGGAGAUUAUCCCAGCCUUUCAGCUACAGACAUUAAGGUCUUGGCUUUGACGUACCAGCUGGAGCUGGAGAACUGUGGAGCUGCUCACUUGAAGAAAGAACCAGCAGUACAGGUGGAAGUACGCAGCACACAGAGACACCCGGAAGCUCCGGUGAACAUCGCCGGAUUCCAUCUUCCUUCCAAACAGAAAUCCUCAGCCAGCUCAGCGACUGAUGAUCAGCAGCCCGCAGCAUCAAGUGAACAUCCAGCUGCCGAGAGCGUGGAGUUUAACAGCUUCCAGUUUUGGAGAGACCCCAUACCCAGCAUCGACGACGACUUACUGAAACUGCUGGACGACUCAGAAAGCUCGGUCGCAGACGUUCAGCGUGACAUGACGUCACGUGAAGCUCAGACCGCAGAGAGCUCGGAGUUUAACAGCUUCCAGUUUUGGAGAGAUCCUUUACCCAGCAUUGACGAGGAGUUAUUAAAGUUGGUGGACGUGACGGAGAAAGUGCAGCGUGUGGAUCUGACGAGGAACAAGGAACACGAGGACGAUGAUGGUGUGGAGGAGAGAGAGGGUGAGGAUGAAGAUGAGGAUGAUGACGGCGGAGGCUGGAUCACUCCCAGUAACAUCAGACAAAUCCAGAUGGACACUGGAGAAUGGAGUCCGUCAGAAAACGUCACAGUGGGCUGUGUGACCACCGACUUUGCGAUGCAGAACGUGUUGAUUCAGAUCGGCCUGAAGGUGCUGUCGGUGAACGGCAUGCUCAUCAAACACACGAGAAACUACAUCCUCCGCUGCCACGCAUGCUUCAAGACUACAACAAAUAUGAACAAAGCUUUCUGUCCACAUUGUGGCAACAACACGCUGAAGAAGGUGGCCGUGACGCUCAGGGAGGACGGCAGCAUGCAGAUGCACUUCUCCAGCAACCCCAAAGUGCUCAAUUCUAAAGGAAAGAGGUACUCUGUUCCUUUGCCACAAGGUGGCAAACACUCCAGCAACCCUCACCUGGUGGAGGAUCAGCGUUUCCCUCAGCAGCGACUCUCUCGAAAGGCACGUGUGAAGACGGACGUGUUCGACCCGGACUACAUCGCCGGCAGCUCUCCGUUCUCGGAGCACGACAUUUACAGCCGAGCGGCGGGUUUACACCUGCGGGACGCCCAGUGCGGAGGAGGGAGGCGGCGCAGUAACCCGAACGCCUCUCGCAAGAAAUUCGUCAAGAAAAAGUGAAUCGGCGGCGAGGGGUUCGUUAUAUAACACAGCAGAAAUUGAGAACUGUAAUUUGUUACGUAUGAAUAUGAUCAUACUACAGGAGCUCAGAUUCUAUUAGGGCUGCAUGGUUACUGAGAUCAGCCACGCUCAUUUUGUUUGUAAAAAUACCCCGAUAUUUAUUCAUCUAAUACAGCAGAAUGCAUGUCACAUGGUAUGGUAUCGGACUGCAAGCUGUGUUGUGUGCGAAUAUGAAGAGGAAGAACAUGAGCGUCUUCCUACAAUACAAGCAACCUGACCUAACAUCAUAUUGUUUUAACAGCGUCUUUAUUAAAGCACAUAAACAUGAGCAUGCCAAGGCAAGAGAAACCGUGUCAUGUGAGAUCAGUUCAGUUCUGCGAGACACACCAGCAUCUGAAUGUCGCAUGUUGUGCUCAUUUUUAACCCCGGCGUUCAUUUAUUCUGCUCUGCAUGCUCCUUGCCAGCAGCAGCAACCCAUCAAAAGUGCUCCAUUAACGUGUUUGUUGCUAAAUAAACAGUAAAUAGAUGCAGCCCUGAAGUCUGUUUUUCAUCCCUUUGUAUGUCGGGUUAUAAAAAAAAAUGGCAUUUCCCGGCCAGAAGUGAUAAUGAUGUGUAUUUAUCUCAUACCUUUGUGAAAUCAUGACAAUUAAAGGCUCAAGAAACCGUC